GUGGCAAACAGGAUUUGUUGAUGCAAUUGGUGAACAACGCUGGGCCUCCCGGUAGUACCUCUCGCGAGAACAUGGAAAACCUGCUACAACAAGCUGGGCCUAACCUUUCCAUGGAUAUGAUCCAGAUGCUUCUGGAAAAGCAGAAACAACAGUUACGGAUAUCUUCAUUUGGAUAUGUCUUUUGUCAUUUGGAUAUGUUUUUUGUCAUUUGGAUACGUUUUUUGUCAUUUGGAUAUGUUUUUUGUCCUGAUCUAGAUCUGGUGGUCACAAGGUUGAUCUUGAUUUGUUCUCAGUCUCACCUUUCCUGCUCUCUAAAACAAGCAGCUGAAGCAGCCAAGCCCCGCGCCGUUAAUUCUCUGCAUAUGCAGAUUGCCGCUAGAGCUGCCCAAGCAGUGGCCGAAAACAAGUCCGAAGAAGAAGAAGAUGGAGGUGAAAAGAAAGUUACGGCUUCUAGAUCGGUGGUUUCUUAUUCUUCAUUGCUUCCAAACUGACACCCUUAGUUAGUGUUAGUAUCAGUUCGUUGUUGUUUAAUCUUGAAGAAGAUGUUCCAAGGUCAUGCAACACCCACGACACAAUCUUAAUCUUUAUGUUGACCCUAGUUGUAUUAUAUACAGAAAAGUACGUAUCUAUAUCAAAAUCAAUCUAUUUCAACCUAGUACUCCAACUACUUUAACUUUCGGCUCAUUCAAGUAAAACUAGAACAUCCACGUCCGCCACCUAUAUCUGCUCUAACCCCCAAGGUGCCAAGGAGGAAGACGAAAAAGACGAAGAAGUCCAGGGUGACGCUGUCGUUGAUAACAGAGGUAGUUCGCGCGAGCGACAUGGUCGUGAUACGUCUCGCGGACGCCGUAGAAGCCAUUCUUAAGGCUUAGUUACCGUGUAAUUCAUCUUCAUCUUCUCAGAAGCAUCUUAUUUUGAAGACCUCAUUUUGAAAAAGACGAAGACGCGUCAAACGAUCAAAGACAAAGAUGUUUGAUUCCAAGAUCAUUAUAAUGUACAUAGGUAAAAGCUCUAACAUUCUCGUGACCGUCGUGAUGGUCGUACAACUAGAGACCGUUCUCGCGAUCGCAGUGUCGAUCGUCGCACUGCGAGACGCAGUGCCGAUCGUCGUGGAGACACCAAGGACAGCAAGCGUACCAGUGUUGAACGUGGUGACCGGGAACGAGUACGUGAUGGAGACCGGGAACGAGUACGUGAUGGAGACCGGGACCGCGAGAGGCGUGAUGGUGAUCGUGACAGACGUGACAACGAGCGCGGUGACCGAGCACGAGGUGGGGAUGAUCGUGGCAGAGACGGUGGAGACCGCGAUCGCCGCGACGGAGGUCGUGAUCGCCGUGCUGACGCUAACAACCGCAGCCCUGCAGCCCGCCGUGAUCGUCGUGACGAUGGCACUACGCGAGAAGGCCGCGGUGAUCGCCGUGGUGAGGAAGAUGGUACAACUUCUACUCGAGGAGACCGCGAUCGCCGUGGAGCCCGUGAAGACAACCUCCGUGAUCGCCGUAACAAAGACCAAGAUGAUGAGCAGUCUACUUCCCCCAAGCAAGAAGGACGAGGAGCACGAGGUGGACAGCGUGGAGGACGUGCUGAGGAAAAUAAUAACGCCUCCUCUGACGAUGAAGUUAAGGCAGAUGAUCGAGGUGGAAAGAGUAAGACCACGGCCUCUACUGCUACAUCUGCGAGAAGAGCAGAACAAACAGGUGGCAUGGAUGAAGCUUCUUCUAACAUGAGACGCCGUGGUCGCGGAGGGUCUCGGGAACGUGAUCAGUCAGCUGGACGUCCUCGGAGUGGUGCAAGAGUUACGCUGGUUCUUGGAAAUGUAAAUGGAAGUGCUGUCACCUAAAUGUAGUUAAAAAGUUGUAGUUCUACUAGUAGUUGGCAGUUACUAGUAGUUUAACUAGUACUAGUUGGCAGUUCUUCUUUAUCUUCGCGUUUUAGUAGUAGCUCUACCUCCACUUCUUGCGCACUCUACUCUCGUUGUCUCUUUCAGGCAGAGCCGCAUCAUAAUGAUUGAUCUUCGAACGAGCAGUAAAUGAUUGUUGUACUACUUCUGUGGUCCUCACUAGAAUAACGUUUUUUCUGUGCACCAUUUUUCUCACUUACGUUGACAUUUUUUGAAGAUUGCGCAACUGUUGGACUGGCGAGUCGCGAGAAACAGGUAGUUUUUCACUUCUUUCCCGUGUGGGCAGGAGCUAUAUGUGCACUAGAUGACGAGACUUCCAAAACAUCUUCUAGAACCAAGUCGUGCCUCGUCUAAUUCUUGUGGACGCGGCCGUGCUGCGCCUGUGCGCCAUGGAAGAGCGGAUAACCCGAACAACAUCCCGAUCAAUCCCGGUAUGAUGAAGCUAGCGAAUAAGGGAAGACAGGAUGAAGAGGAAGAGGACGAUGAAGAAGACGUAGUUAAGCCUCCCAGAAAUAAGAAUCUUCGAGGUGGAGCUGGAGUAAGAGGACGUGGAGGUUCUCCCGCGAGAACGAGCCGCACUAGAGGUCGAAAUGAUGUUGACUCCUCUACAACAAACAAGCGGGCUGUGAAUCAGAGCCAUGCUCCUCGAAGUGGACGUGGAGGUCCUCGCGGUCAUGACGACGACGAGGACGAAGAAGAAGAUUAAGACUUUCGGACAUCUCCCAUUUUGAAAAGCAUCUUGGACCGCUCGACGUGUAAGGAGGAAACUGGUCCAAGAUGAGUCUCAGGAUGGAAUUGGGUAUAAGCUCUAAGAAGAAGAUCAGGGAGGUCGCUCUGUCCGUAACAGAGAACAAGAUGGUCGUGGAGGCGCUAACAAUAGCAAAGCCGGUUACAACAAGCGUGGAGGCCGUGGCCGACAGCAGGAGCAGGAAGAUGAUCAGGAUCAAAGUGAAGAGGAAGAUGAUAGAAAACCGUCGAGAGCCGCUGCAUUAAACAACAAAAUCAACAAGAAUAAGUCUUCCCGUGCUCGUCCGCAACAACCACCUGCUGUCAGAGAAACUAACGUCAAGAAUAACCGUCGCAAUUCCAGAGGUCGCGAACGCGAGGUUGAUCAAGAUGACCAGAUGACCAACGAUAAUUCUCCCGUAAGCAACAACAAGCGUCGUCGCAUCAUCGAUAGAAGUAGGAAACAAGACGACCACUCUGAAGGAGAUGGUGAGCAAGCAGCACCUGCUCCUCCGGCAACUAAGAACAAGCAAAGGGGUCGUAAUGACAGUCGCACGGGUCGUAAUAACAUCUGUCGGGGAGGACAAGGACGAGACACAUCUUCCAACAAACGCAUGAUCCAUGUGAAUGGCCGUGGUCGACAAAGUGGCCGUGGUGGAGGCGCAGCCUCUGAAUCUGAGGAACAAGAGGCGCCCCGCGCUCGUCGUCGAAACAACA